CGCGUCUACCGAGUUAACAGCCACCGCCCAUCCCUUUACACGAGUCCUCCAUCUAUAGCGCAACAUGGAAAGCAGAUUUGCGCAGAUAUCCUCCCUCGGCCAAAAGGACAAAGCUACUGCGUACAUCUCACUUCUCCAGGAAGUCUUCUCCAGUCCAGAUCGAUCGAGGAUUGCCCAAGACAUUCAUACCAUUGUUGAGAAUGUCAUCCAAGACAGUGUAGGAAUUGUAGUGGGGCGUCAGGUCCUCACUGAGCUUGUCAAGAUUCUGGGGGAUGGCUCAAUCAAGGACCAUGAUCUGAGAAAGCGAAUAGUGGAGGAUACUAUUGCCAUCAUUCAGCCUCGGCUUGUGAGCUAUGAAGAACAAGCAAAUUCUUUACGAUUUCAGCUAGCAGAUAUCCUUGAGAGUGAGGAAGAUUGGGGUGAAGCUGCCAGAGUCCUCAUGAACAUCUCUCUUGACGCAGGUCAACGACCAGAUGAAGAUAAAUUCCGUGUUUAUGUUAGAAUUGUCCGUCUCCUGCUGGAAGAGGAAAAUAACGCACAAGCAGAAUCCUACUACAACCGUGCAGCCAUUCUUGCUCAUUCGACCACAGACCGGGAAACCCUAUUACAGUUCAAACUCUGUCAGGCUCGACUCAAUGACUAUGCCAGGAAAUUUCUCGAAGCCGCCACUAGAUACCAUGAGCUCAGCUAUGUUGCUGAAAUCGAUGAAGAGGAAAGGAAACAUAUGCUUUCUGCUGCUGUAACAUGUGCAGUCCUUGCUCCUGCUGGACCUAAUCGAUCUCGUGUUCUCGCCUCUCUUUGCAGAGACGAACGAACAUCCGAGCUUCCCUCAUUCAACAUUCUCACCAAGAUGUUCCUCGAUCGCAUCUUGCGACCAGCAGAAAUUCAAGAAUUCGAGGGUACCCUCAAAACCCAUCAACUCGCAAAGAUCACAUUGUCAUCUAAUGAUCGAGUAUCUGCGGCCGAGGUCGAUGAUGAAGAUGCGGCGGAUCCCAACAGCAGCAAGCGUACUGGCCCAUCCACUGUACUGGAUCGCGCAGUUAUGGAGCACAAUGUUCUCGCAUGUUCAAAGAUUUAUAGCAAUAUCUCCUUCCGUGGACUUGGUGCCCUCUUGGAUUUGACCCCAGGCGCCGCAGAGACAAUGACGAGGAAGAUGAUGGAACAAGGACGGCUGAAGGGUACCAUUGAUCAAGUAGAGAAACUGAUUUGGUUUGACGUUAGCAGUGAGGAUGAUGAUGCACAAGGCAAGGCAGGUGGAUUGGGUGAUGUCGAACAAGCCACUGAAGAUACAGGUGCACCAUUCACCAAACGAUGGGAUAUGCAGAUCCGUCUGACCGCAGCUAAUGUUGAGUCGAUCGUACAGCAUCUGACAGACAGGGGACUGGUCAAAUUCGCCACAGCACAAGCAUGACAUGUAUUAUACGAGAUAUCCUGAUGACUGACAGCGGUAACGACGUGAUGGAAAACGAGAGCAUGUGUACAAAUAUUACAUUGUGCGAUGAAUGCGAUAGAUGAAAGAGAAAGCAAAUGUAACGAGAAGGACAAUCCAUAUGAUAUCGGUGACUGGUUACUACUGCGUCCCGCCAGUUCCCGAAGCCUCAGUCCGCCUACGCUUCCUGGCUCGUUCACGCUUAGUCUCCAACUCGUGCCAUUCGCCUUCAAGACCAGCCAGUCUUCAAGAAAACGAAAUCAGUACGUUGUGAGGGAUAUGAAGAAAGACCUGAACACACCCAGUAGGAAGCUCCGGGGCAGGCAGCUCCUGUUUAAAGUAAGUCGCUUCCAACGCUUGAACGGCGUUUGCACGGUUUGCAGGAUUGAACGUGAGCAGGUGCUCAGCGAGGUCAAGACCAGCCGGCGAAAGCCAUCUGUAUCCUCGGUGUUAGAACAAAACAAGCCUUCUGAAAGACGAAACAUACUUCUGAAAGAGCUCUCGGAAGUGAUUCGGUAUGUGGUCUUUAGGUUUGACCAACUCAUACCAAGGUAAGCUAGCCACCCCGGGCCACCGUUCAGGAGUGGGCGUGCCAAGUAUCCUGUAAAUGACAUCCAGUUGGUGGAUUUCGUCGUUGC